AAGAAGAAGAAGAAACCGUAAGAACACAUUUAAACCAUCGGGACAUACACAAAGAUGAUUUCAACAUAUAAUCAGAUUUAGAUUCCUACACACAUUUCUAUAUGAGGAGAGAGAGAGAGCCUCUAAAAUGAGUCUGAAGAGAGAAGAGAAGAAAGCUGUUCAGUAUCAGAUGCAGACAGAUGUGUGUCCAGCAUCCAGUAGUGUGUCUGUGAAGAGCAGCAGUUCCAUGACUGAACCAUUUAUGUUCAGAAAAGAAGCAGAACUUCCUGACACCAGUGUGGUGAAGGAUGAUCUAAUCCAGGUUCAGUCUAGGUGUGGAGAUUGUGAGCAGGAUGUGAGAGAUCUGAUCCCUGUCACCUGUGGACACAGUUUCUGUAAGCAGUGUUUAAAUACCUGCUACUGGGACAAGACCAGUACAUCAGAAGAUUUUGACUGUCCCAAAUGUAGAAAGAGAUCCAGAGCACAUCAUGUUCCAAUCAAACAAAAAGUAAUUGGAGGGUCCAUUUCUGCUGACUUUGCUCAAUGUAAUUCAGAAAUAGACCUGCAGAAGGAGACUGCAGACCUUCAGCAGGAUUCUCACCAAUAUGAUGUCCUCCAGAGAGUCAAAGACCAACACAAAACCAGCAUGAAGAACAAAUAUGAGAGCGUAUUUGAUGGAGUCAAAUUACAAGAUAAUCAAACCCUUCUGAACAGGAUUUACACACAGCUCUAUAUCAUAGUGGGAGAAGGUGAGGGGGUGAAUAAAGAACAUGAGGUUUUACACAUGGAAAAAACAUCCAGAACACAUCACUUACAAGACACUCCAAUAAACUGCAAUGACAUCUUUGAUCCCUUACCUGAACCAGGAUGUUGGAAAGACAAAAUAAAGACUGUUCUUACUAAAGGUAUUGCUGGAAUUGGAAAAACAGUUUCUAUGCAGAAGUUCAUUCUGGACUGGGCAGAGGGAAAAGCCAAUCAGGAUGUAGAUUUCAUGUUUGUACUUCCAUUUCGAGAGCUGAACUUUUUUAAAGAUUACCAGUACAGUCUUUACAAACUUCUGCUUGACUUUCAUCCUGAACUUCAAACUCUGGACUCAAAGAUGUACAAUGAGUGUAAAGUUGUGUUCAUCUUUGACGGUCUGGAUGAAAGCAGAAUUCCUCUGAUGUUUUUAGACAGUGAGAAAGUUUCUGAUGUGACUGAGACCUCAUCAGUGGGUGUGUUGAUGUCAAACCUCAUCAAAGGAGAUCUGCUUCCCUCUGCUCUUAUCUGGAUCACCUCCAGACCAGCCGCAGCCAAUCAGAUCCCCUCUGAAUACAUCAAGCGUGUGACAGAAAUUCAGGGAUUCAAUGACCCUCAGAAGGAGGAAUAUUUUAGGAAGAGAAUUAGUGAUGAGCAUCAAGCCAACAUAAUCAUCUCACACAUUAAAAGAGCAAGAAGCCUCCACAUCAUGUGCCACAUACCAGUCUUCUGUUGGAUCUCAGCAACUGUGCUUCAAAACAUCCUGAAUCAUAACGAAAGUGCAGAAAUCCCCAAAACUCUGACUGAAAUGUACAUCCACUUCCUGCUGAAUCAAAUAAAUAUGAGGAACCAGAAGUUUGGUGAGCGAGAUCCAGAGGAACUCCUGCUGUCCAAUAGAGAAAUGAUUGUGAAACUUGCUGAACUGGCUUUCAAACAGUUGAUGAAGGGCAAUGUCAUGUUCUGUGAGGAGGACCUGAGCGAGAGCGGCAUAGACGUCACUGAGGCCUCAGUGUAUUCUGGGAUCUGCACUGAGAUCUUAAAGGAGGAAUCUGUGAUUCAUCGGAGGAAAGUUUACUGCUUCAUACAUCUGAGCUGUCAGGAGUUUCUAGCUGCUUACUAUGUUUUUUACUGUUAUACAAGAAACGCUGUUGAAGACCUUAUGGAAUUUGAUAUAUUACAUAAUUUGCAUAGAGCAGCAGUAGAUAAAGCCCUGCAGAGUGAAAAUGGACAUCUGGAUCUUUUCUUGCGAUUCCUGUUGGGCAUCUCACUGGGGUCCAAUCAGAGACUCUUAAAGGACCUACUGGCCCACACAGAGACCAGUUCAAAGAGCAUUGAGAACAUCAUAAAGUACAUAAAAGACAGCAUCAAAGGAGGGGGGAAUGCUCCUCAGAAUAUCACUACUGAAAGAUCCAUUAAUCUGUUCCUCUGUCUGCUUGAAAUGAAUGAUCAGACUCUGUUGAGAGAGAUUCAGGAGUUUCUGAAAUCAGAUAAAUUCACUCAGAAUCAACUCACUCCUGCUCACUGUUCAGCAAUAGCCUACAUACUUCAGAUGUCAGAAGAGGUGCUGGAUGAGCUGGACCUAAAGACAUACAACACAUCAGAGGAGGGUAAAAGAAGACUGAUUCCGGCUAUGCGGAACUGCAGAAAAGCGCUGCUGGCUUCUUGUAAUCUCACAGAACAGUUAUGUAAAAUUGUGGCCUCAGCUCUUCAAUCAGAAAACUCCCCCCUGAGAGAGCUGGACCUAAGUAACAAUGACUUGCAGGAUUCAGGAGUGAAGCUGCUCUCUGAUGCACUGAAGAGUCCACACUGUCAACUGGAGAUACUGAGAUUAUCUGGCUGUAUGGUGACUGAGGAAGGCUGUUGUUAUCUGGCUUCAGCUCUGAGUUCAAACCCCUCACACCUGAUAGAGCUGGAUCUGAGCUACAAUCACCCAAGUGAUUCAGGAAUUAAGCUGCUCAAUGACAGAUUGAAUGAUCCAAACUACAAACUGCAGAAAAUCAAGUUGGACCAUAUAGGACACUUCAGAAUCACACCAGGACUAAAAAAAUAUGCGUGUGAUCUCUCACUGGAUCCAAACACAGCACACACUCGUCUCUCUCUGUCUGAAGAGAACAGAAAGGUGACAUACGUGAGAGAGCAGCUGUCAUAUCCUGAUCACCCAGAGAGGUUUGACCAGCUGGAGCAGGUUUUAUGUAAAGCGUGUCUGCCAGGACGCUGUUACUGGGAGGCUGAUUUGAGUGGCUUAUGUCAUUUAUCAGUCACAUAUAAAGAGAUAAAUAGGAAAGGAAGCAGUGAGUGUCAGUUUGGACUCAAUGAAAUGUCCUGGAGUCUGUACUGGACUAAUCGUAAAGUUUACACUGCCUGGCACAAUAAUAAAGGCACAGAAAUACAUGUACCCUCUUCUAACAGAGUAGGAGUUUAUCUGGACUGUCCGUCCGGCACUCUGUCUUACUACAACGUUAAUGACACACACACACUAACACACUUACACACAUUCAACACCAGAUUCAAGGAGCCCCUCUAUGCUGGAUUGAGACUUUAUCCUGAUUCUUCAGUGUCUCUGUGUCGGCUGCCUGUGAAUAACACACAUACUGAGUGAAAAGUUUUGUUUUUAUAUAUAUAUAUAUAUUUUUUUGUAAUCUUUCUUUGGCAUUUUCUAUUAUAGAUUUCCCACUUUCCCAUUUAGGAGCAUUUUUAGAUGAUACAUAUUA